GGGAGCGGCGGGGCCCGGGCGGGACGGGACCGGACCGGACCGGGUGAGGCGGCAGCGGUGCUGCUGCUGCCCUCCGGCCCGCGGCGGCGGGCACCGAGUCGUGCAGAUUCAGCCUAGUGUGACCACAGUGGGGAUAAUGUGUGAAGAUCCACCUGCAGAUUUCCCUGCCCACACCUCUAAUUCAGAGGUCUGAAGUACAGAAGCAUGCUUUCCACUGAGCCUCACACCACCACCUGUGAUACAGAAUGUCUCUGAGUGAGAACAACAGCGUGGUGUUUGCCUAUGAAUCUUCAGUGCACAGUACCAAUGUCCUCCUCAGCCUUGAUGACCAGCGAAAGCAAGAUAUCCUUUGUGAUGUUACCAUUUUAGUGGAAGAUCAGCGAUUUCGGGCUCACAGAGCUGUGCUUGCAGCUUGCAGCAGUUACUUCCUUUCGAGAAUUGUGGGCCAGGUGGACGCUGAUCUUAUCAUCACUUUACCGGAAGAGGUAACACUUAAAGGAUUUAGUCCCUUGCUUCAGUUUGCAUAUACGGCAAAACUUGUUUUAAAUAAAGACAAUGUGUCUGAAGUUUGCAAAUGUGCAGAAUUUUUGGGUGUACGCAACAUUGAAGAAUCCUGCUUUCAGUUUCUCAAAUUCAGAUUUUUGGACUUUAAAUUGGAUCAGCAGGAAUGUCCUAGGAAGAAGUGUUGCACACAGCGUUGUCAGAAAGCAAACCCUAAAACUGGCAAUGUGGAUGAUGGCGACCUAGAAAUAAAUUAUGAAGUAGAAGCACUUCUAGAAAAGGAAUAUAGUCAAAUUCCUGACACAAAGCCCUGUAAAGAUGAAGAAAAUGCUAAAUCGUUGCCUGUUCUCCAAAAUAAUGCAAAUCAAAACUGUGAUCCUGUACAUUUAGAAAGGGGUAGUGCUUCCAGCUUAUCUUCCCAAUGCCCAAAGUAUAGAAAAUUUCAGAAGGCCUUUGGAAAUGACAAAGUUAAUACUUCAGAGUCCAAUUCCAGUACUAAAGACGUUCAGGUACCACCAUUUGCAACUUCUCUUGAGAAGGAAAUACCUGACAAUGAUGGCAUACAAAAAGCUCAGGAGUGUGUGCCUAUGCAGCUGAUCUCAAACUGUGAAGAGACUCAGGUAGAAAUGGAAGAAGGGGAAGAAGGCAUUCAGAAAAAAGAAGAGUCAAAGAGAGAUUCUGUAACUCGGACUGUGUCAUGUCCUGUGGAGAAAAUGGAUCUUGCUGCUUUCCCCCAAAACUCUGCUACACCUCAUGGACUCAAUUCUGUGUCUAUUUCACAUAGUUGUGAGCAAUAUGGUAACCUGAAUUUCAGUGGUGUGCAAAACAACACAGUCUUAGCUGAAAAAACUGUGUCAAGUACUGGAGCUGGAAAUGACAAAACUGAAAGUCAAGGUAACCCAUCUUCAAAGGUGGAUUUGUGCAUUAGGGAAGCAGCUAACAUCACCUCAGCUGGAGAUCGAAGCAGUGUGGAGAGAGAGAUAGCAGAACAGCUAGCACAGGGGUUCUGGAGUGAUAUUCACAGCACAGAUGCCUGUCAAAUACACAUGCCACCUGCAGUUUCUAAAGAGUACUUGGAGCCUGUGUAUUCAGGGAAAAAAUCAGAGUGUCCAUGGCUGGGGAUCAGGAUCAGUGAAAGCCCCGAGCCUUGCCCUCAGCGAACUUUUACAACACUGAAUUCCGUCAACUGCCCCUUUAUAAGCAACCUUAGCACUGAAGGAUGCUCCAACAGCUCUGAAAUAAACAGUGGAGAUUAUGUUCAGGGACAGCAACAAGAACAGUGUCCCUAUAACUAUGUGAUAAGUUUGGGAGAGGAUUCAGAGACUGACACUGAGGGAGACAGUGAAUCGUGUUCAGCAAGAGAACAAGAAUGUGAGGUAAAACUGCCGUUUAAUGCUCAAAGGAUUAUCUCACUUUCCAGAAAUGACUUCCAGUCAUUUCUGAAAAUGCAUAAAUUAACUCCUGAACAAUUGGACUGUAUUCAUGAUAUCCGAAGACGAAGUAAAAACAGAAUUGCAGCACAGCGAUGUCGUAAGAGAAAACUUGACUGUAUACAAAAUCUUGAAUCUGAAAUUGAAAAACUGCAAAAUGAGAAAGAGAAUUUGCUGAAGGAAAGAAACCACAUUUUAUCAACUCUGGGUGAGACAAAGCAGAAUCUGACUGGACUUUGCCAGCAGGUGUGUAAGGAAGCAGCCUUGAGUCAAGAGCAAAUACAAAUACUUGCGAAAUAUUCUUCUUCAGAUUGUCCACUCUCAUUUUUGUUCCCGAAAAGAGAACAAACAGCUCCAUCUGAUAGUGAGCUUGUGAUAUCAGCGUCUGUAGAAUCAGCAAAUGGUCUUUCAGGUGUCACCCCCACAGCAGAGCAGAGUUCCUGUUAUCAGUGUGUCAAAAGCGUGUGUGAGGCCCCGUCCGAGCCAGUACAAGAACUGCAGCCGGUUCCUGCCAGAACGUUGGAGCAAACGUCGCUCGUGGAGCCGUGUGGACAGAGCAGUGGCAUCUCAGACUUCUGCCAGCAAAUGACUGACAAAUGCACUACAGAUGAGUGAAUCUCUCCUUCUCAUUGCCAGCCUCUCAACAUUGCAACUAGAAGUGGGAUUGAGCAUUAUUGGGAAGUAACUUACCAAGUGAGAAAGAAGAUAAAAGUUUAAUCUUUUGAAACUAUCUUGACAAUUACAUGGUCACCAUUAUUACUUUGCAAGCUUUGGGUUUGCUCUGUGUAGUUCCAGAACAUUAUUUGUAUGUGUCAGCCUUGGAGUUUUUUCUGUGUGGUGAUGCCAAGGAGGGUUUAGGAAAGCUGUUAUAAAGUACAAAUUCCAUGCACAGGUGCUUAUUUGAGAGGAAGUUUUGUUCAUGUAUAGAGCAGCCUGCUCUGAUUUAUGCCACGGUACUUAAUGCCACUCUGCAUUUUAAGGAAAGCCUCCUGACAGCUGUUUAUGCACAAUGAUUCUAUACCUGGAAUUCUUCUAAGACUUCUUUUUUUCCUGGUAGACAAACCUUAAGAAGCAUAUAUAGCUCUGUAAAUGUUCAUUUUGUAGAUGGGCUAAGUUACAUGACAGGAUGAGAUUUUGAAAAGUGCAUUCUGAUAUAGCUGCUUGCUUCCUGCUGUUCCCCUCCCCAUCCCAGGCAAGACUUUUACUGAAUUAACGUUGUAGGCUACUACUACUAGUAGUAGAAUUGAUUAGUAGUAGGCUUUUAUUGAAAAGUGCUUUUGUCUUGUCAUUCUAGUACAGAAUUAAAAGAACUGGAGCAGCAGAGGUGCUGCCAUAUACUGCUCUCUUCUCUAAAUUUAAUGGGAGGAAUAACAGCUCACUGGAAGGCAGACUUCUGAAACUGGUGCAGUUCUUGGAUGAGUGUGCAUUGGAUCCUCUGGCAUCUGAAUCCCAUAGGUUUAUUCAAACUCACUGCUGUAUUGUGACUUCCUGUCCUAGCACCUUCAAGCUUACUGCUUGUUUGUGGCAAAUGAGAAUCAAAGUAUUGUGCAAGUCUAAGGACAGACUUUUUUUUUACGGUAUUCAGGCGCCACAUUUUUUUCUUUCAGUGCCUAACUGCCUAAAGUAAGUUACAAAUAUUUGUUCUCUGAUCACUGGGACCAGUAAAGUUCUAUUUCAGAAUCAAUCUUCAGGAUACUUUGUGGCUAAACCUGUAGUAUAUUUUCAAUGGCUUGUGCUAUUAGCAUAGAUAUAUAAAAAGUUUAUUGAAUAAAUGAGCUGGAGAUAUUUCCUAUAUUACUUUGUGAAGGAGAAAUUCAGCUACGGAAAAUAAUCCCCAUUUUCUAGAUUUUUACGUAGCAGUGGAUGCAUAUUGUAUACCAAUGAUGCUUUGUUAUUUAGAUGCUAUUCUCACACCAGAACUAAGUAUUGAACCUCACCACAGAAAACUUUGGGUUUGCUGGUUUACAAAACAUGAAGAAUCUUGUACAAGCCAGUGGAAUUCUUCAUUUCCUACCUCAGAAUGUGUAUUAGCUUUGUGUCUUUGUGUGCAUGUACAGUAGGCAGCAACUAAGCAAAGGCCUUUGUAAAUACUGCUUUUCAGUUUUACCUUGCAGCAAGGCAAAACUUGUUCUGGGCAAGGCUCUUUUUUUUUCCUCUCCCCACCAUCCAUAGGUAACAUAGCAUUAAUAAAUACAGUAAGCCACUUAUUUAAAACAAAAAUUUAAAAAUUAACAGAUUUCAACAGGACUUCUCAUAACCAGCAUGUAACACAAAUAACUACACUACCUCACCUAUGGGACUGAAAGUUGAUUGAAAUCUCUAGUGAAUCCCUGGAUUUUCAUCAUAUAUCAUUACUUUUUUAAGGGAAAAUUAUGCUAAUGGUGUAUAGCUUGUAUAAAUCACAAUGCUUGCAGUAACUGAAAUUCAGAAAUACUACACAGCAGACAUCAUGAUAAUUGGAUUGAAAUGCUUUUAAAUUACUAUCAUUGAGAUAUGGUGAUCCUGUAUAUGUAUUACUUUAUGAAGCUCUCUGGGCUUUUUCUUCAGUUUCUGUAGAUUCAUAGUUAAUUUAAUCCUGUCUCCCUCCCACACUGCCACCCUGGGAAGCAUUAACUCGUAUGUUUCCAUUUUAUUUAAAAAGCAAACCUACAAGAAACAAUCAAAAACAAAAUUCAAAGCCCAAACCUCUACUGUUCAUAACUACUAUCAUUUUUAAAGCUGGUGAUAUUCUGAAAUGACGUGGACAAUGGCAUUAAAACACUGUCCUAAUAGUGCACAUAGCUGGAAAUAGAAUUCCUUGGGGUAAGUCCUCAUUAUAACGAGGUGGAGCAUCUUUGUAGGGAAUGGCUGCCUGGGAGCUUACCCAGUGGCCCCAAGCCCUGACACACUUGGCUGCAGAUGUUGGAAAACAAGGUCAGUGAUGACCAAGUGUGAGACUGGAAUAUCCCUAAAGAGUUGUGCUCCACUGCUGCAGUCUGGGGUCCAGCCACUGCCUGAAUUCCACACAGCUGAUGGUGGAGGGAUUCCAGGGCAGGAAUCAUGGCAGUCAUUGACCUAUGAUAAAAGUAACAUCAUGUUUUUAAACCUGAUAUGAACUUGAUGAAGUUUGAGGGUAGUUUUUUGCCUGACCAGCUGCAUCUAAAUAAUUUUUUAAAUAUUUAUUUAAUACCACAGACCUACAAGUUGCAUGUUGACUUCUAUAAGCCUAUAUCAUCAACUUGCAAGUGUUACAAAUGAAUGACAAUUUUAUGAUACAGAAUUCUCAGGAAAAUGUUUUUGGAGUUUGGUUUUAUUUUUUCUCUUCCAGUAAAGAAAUACUCAGUUUUGAAAUUGUAAAAUACUUUGUUAAAGCAUGUUUUAAAAUACUUUGAACAGACUAUCUUAAAGCCAUAAGGGUAUGAUGGCAUAAAGAUUGUAAAAUAAACAGAUAAUUUCAACAGUUGAUUUUGUAUUUUUCAUAAUUCAGUAUUUUCUAAGUCUACAAUAAAAACCACUAUCCUUUCUA